AUGUCUACAGAAAUAUCGAAUUUAGUCGUGUUAUUACAGUCUAUAUCUCAAUAUUUAUAUCGUUAUGGUGGAUUAUUUCAAGUCAUUUUCGCUUCAAUUGAUCGAGUGUUAAUUACUUCUUCAAAAGUUACCAUUCGUCAACGAAGUAAUCUUCGUUUAAGUUACAUAUAUCUUAUCAUUGGAACGGUAUUCUGGUUAUUAUUUCAUAGUCCAGCAUGGUUUUUUACAACUAUAACAGAAGUUAAUGAGAAUAAUUUCAUGUGUUUUUAUGAAAUUGGUUCAUAUCUUGUUUUUAUUAGUUUUUAUUCAAUUAUUAAAGAAAGUUCAUCAAUUAUUUUAUUAAUUUUAUUUGGUUUAUGGGCUGUAAAGAAUAUUCGACGUUUACAUCGUGUAACACUUCCAACAAUAUCAUUACAAAGUAGAAUUAAUCGAGCCGAAGGAACAUAUAAAAUCAAUCCAAAAGAUCAACAAUUUGUUUCAAUGGUUCUUAUUGAUAUUAUUAUCUUUUCUAUUUGUAGUUCAAUGGCAGCAAUAUUUUUGACACAUCAACAAAUUACACAAUAUGAAAAUAAAUCUUUUGAGCAAAUACAAAUUAGUAUUUUUCUUAAAGAAAUCACAGUAUUUUGUCUUCAUAUACCAUUUUCUACUAGUUGUUACACGAAUCUAAUUGUAUCAAAAGCUUAUCGAAAAGCAAUGAAAAAUGUUUUUUUAUGUAACUAA